UAACAACACUGAAGCGGACAACACAAUGUUUAGACAAUUUGGCUAGCAUUCGGGCAGAUAUGCGAUAAAUAUAAAGAAACGCACAGCAAGGGAGCAACUCAAUUAGCUAAGAACGCAAGAGGAACACGAGGAGAGGCCCACGCACACCUGGAGAGGAUUAGCGCGAGAGAGUAAGAGCGAGCGACUGUACGUCGUGUGCUGGCUGACUGCUGACAUCUCUGGUUCGCAUUUUGCCCAGGACAACCAGUCGAGAUACCACGUCAACGCUACUGGCCAGGAGCACUCCAUUCACGCACCCAGACACGGAAAACACGUCACCUCACCCACAAUGUAUUGCCUGCAAUGCCUGCUGCCGGUGCUGCUCAUACCAAAGCCCACGAAUCCAGCGCUGAUGGAGACACAUGUGAUGUUCAUAGUGCUGUAUCUGGUGGGAUUCUUUCUGGAGCGAAAACCCUGCACCAUCUGCAGCUUGGUCUUUCUCACUGCCGUCUCGCUGAUUUGCUACAGCGGCGUGGGCAACUGCAUCUUCUGGGGCAACUGUGAGGGGCAUCUGUGUAAAAAUGGCUAGAGAAGAACGUCAGAGUCGUCGGAGCGGAGGAGGAGUGCUAAUCAUAAUAAUAAUUUUAACAUGAAAUUACGUUCGCGUUGUUACAGCUUUACAUCCUAACGAAAACGAAAAACGAAACGAUAGAAGAUGCAGGAGAAGAUAAAGAGAGAGAGAGAGAGAGAGAGAGUAGAGGAUAAUUUGCACAAAAAUACAAAACUGAAAAAAUCGGUGAUACAUGAGUGAGUGAGUCCGACCAGGCGGAAGUGGAAGGAGUUAUAGAAAAAUGUUGUUCUGUGUGUUGUAUUUCCAAUCAUUUCUAAUCAAUUGUUGGCCCGAAAUCCCCCUCCUCCACCUUUGCUAUUUUGCUUACAGUUUUCUUUGUUUCUUCGCGUAAUGAAUUUAAUUUCUUAAGUUCUACAAAAGAAAAACAGAAACGUAUUUUACAUCACGUAAUCCCCGCCCCGCUAAACCAUCCCACCCCAUUCCCACACUCGUCAAUGCAACCUAAAAUUAGUCAUACAUAAUAUAUAUAUAAAUAUUAAUUAUACAUACAAACAAAAAGGAUAAUUGUAAAGAAAAAAGGACUUGUCUGAGGAGAGCCAAAGGAAGCUGCUGCUAACAUCGGUUGUUUAAGUCCCUCCCAUCCCCCCACUGUUGUCCCUGUCUUUUGUGCACAUGCAAAUUGUAUAUAACGGAUAUACACUGUUAUAUCUUACACACUGAUUAUUACUAUAUACAUUAUAUAUAUAUAUAUACAUAACUGAUAAAUAUACUUUAUGUGUGUGUAUAUUCUUAACUGAUUAACA